AUGUGUUUACGUGUCAUUGGAGAGAACCAUCUUUCGGAAGUCGAUUUCCUACGCAAGGUGCAUAGCUUUGAUCAGCAUUUCAAACCGAUACAUUCAAGGUGCCAGGCGGGAGGCCACCGCUGCGAUUUCAUCCUAAUCGUAAGGAGUAGCCGCCAGGGAGUUGGGCGCCGCCUAGCCCCCGCCUAG